AUGACGUAAGAAGAGUCCUGCAUCCUGCAUCCCUUCGAGCGGGACUUUGUUUGUUGUUGACCGCUCAGACAAAAAGUUGUGUAACAUUCUCAAAUAGCUUUCUUUUUAUUUAGCAGACAUGGCCCUGCAGACUGAAACGGAUUUACCACCUGGCCUUGCAUGUCUGAAAAAUGUUGAUGCCCUGCUUCGGUGUCCCAUUUGCUUCGACUUCCUCAAUAUUUCAAUGAUGACUAAAUGUUCCCACAACUUUUGCUCCUUGUGCAUCAGAAAAUUUUUUGCCUAUAAGUUGCUGUGUCCAGUUUGCAAUGCACAAGCAACAGAACAAGAUCUAAGAAACAACCGUUUAUUGGAUGACUUGGUCAUAAACUUUCAAACGGCAAGGCAGCAGUUGUCAAAAGCAAAUUUUGACUCUCCUCCAAUAUCGCCAAAGACCCCUGCUUCAGCUGUCAAAUGCAAAACUCCCAGAGAGAGGAGCCAGAAGUGUAACAGCUCUGUUUUGAGUCACUUUUUCCAGAAGAGGCCCAAAACAUCUCCCACUAAAGACACCCAGCGAGAUGGUUUGGUUUCUCAGUGUGUUCAGCAGGGGAAGAUACAGACUACAAGCAUCCACAAUGCAAAUGAUGCUGACCUACAUUCAGUAACUGCUCAACUUCCAGUGAAUGUGAAAGAAGAGCCGAUGGAUGUGGGUGAGUCAUCUAUCCAGGGGUUGAUGUCAGUGAAACAGGAGGAAACAGCCUCGAACAGUAUUGACACUUGGAAUGAGACUGCGCAUUCCUCUUCACCAUCAAAAGACGUAAAGCCAGUAAUCAAAGUGGAGUGCCCUGUGUGUUCUGUAAGUGUGUCUCAGCAAUUUAUCAACAAGCAUCUAGACACGUGUCUUACCAGCGGAGAGAAGAAGGAAAGCUUGAGGAGCUCACUUGGCAAGGUGAGACGUCCAAUGGGGAAGCUGGUGUACAACCUGCUUUCCAUGCAGGAAUUGAAGAGGAGGCUAAAGGAAUGCCAUCUCUCAGUGCAGGGCUCUCGAGACCAAAUGAUCAAAAGACACCAGGAGUUUGUCCACAUGUACAAUGCCCAGUGUGACUCCACAAACCCCAAAUCAGCUGAAGAUAUAGCCAAAGAGGUGGAGGCCAGUGAGAAGAUCAGAAAUCAGCUAAAGGGGAAAGCCAAACCUGUCAUGAUUUUCUCAAAGAAUCAGUCGGAGAAGGAGAUUGAAGAGUUGCAUUCAAAUUAUAGGAAGCAGCACAGCAGUGACUUUUCCCGCCUGAUUGCCCAGGUCCGGAGUCGCCUUGAGACCACUAGGCAGACACGUAUCAAACAGGAAGUCAUUGAGGAAGGAAAGGAUACACAAAAAACACACUCUGCGGAUCAAGUUGCAGAACCAAAGAGCUGCUUAGAGAUCAAGAUAGAGGAUGACGAGGUUGAUGAGGAGCCAUCUACGAGAAGGAUUGAAUUGUCACCCAGCCCCGCUAAUAGUGACGUGUCCAUCAGCAGUUCUAUUUCAGAUAUCUUUGGUCCAGAGCCUACCAGAAACCUAGAAUACACACCCAGGUCUGUUGGUGGAUGGCAAGAGAGAAGAAGGCGAGAUUUAACUGCCUGCUGGAAUCCCUUGGAAGACCGGGUAGCCGAGGACUGGAGUGAGGAUGUUAGUCAGCUGACAGAGACUAAAGUUUUCACCUCCUCAUGUGCACCUGCUGCUGAGAAUCACAUCACACCUGUGCAGAGAGUCACAGAGAGGACUGCCUUCAAAAAGCGAACAUCCAGCUCCAGAGAAAGUGAUGCCGCUUCAUCCAUUCUGGGAAAACGCCGCCGUAAAAUGUAAGGAGAGAUGGAAGACUGGUGAAGGAGAGAGAGAGAGAGAGAGAGAGAGAUCUCUCGCUUACUAAAUCAGUGCCAGUAAACCUUUGACUGACUUUCAAGCAAGUCAAGGUGUUUUUUUUUUUUUUUUAUGCACAUUCCUGUCUGGCAUUUCUUUAUGAUACUCUGAAGUUGCACUGUUUAUUGCAUGUGUCUUGGUAGUAAUACAUUUUUAACUGUCUAAAUAAUGUUUAACAUAAUUUGUAGUCUUGUGAUCUAUGAUGGCCUUCAGUAUUUCAUUAGAUUAUAGAAAUCCUCUACCUCAAGAGUAAAAGGACUAUAAAAUCAAUACUUGAAUUUGUUUCAAUGCAAUUAAGUGUUUUUGAGAUUUGGUUUGGUAUUUUUUGAUUUAAAGUAGACAUAAGUAAACAUCAUUUGUACAGCUUGUAGCCAACCUUUCAAUAUCCAGUUUUUUUUUUGCUGCUUGUAGUUUUAAUACUACAUUAUAUAAUUUUUAUUUUUUAUUUUACUUUAUUCCACUCUUUGUAUCUGUUACAUGCUUUAAGUCCAUCGUAAAAUCCAGUUUAAACUGAAAUAAACCUGAAAGCAAUCAGUAGUUUUGUAUAAGAAGAUGAUCAUAUGCAAAUUAUGUUUCAACAUUACCUGCCCCUGUAGUCACAAAUAGAUGUUUGAAUUUUUGUACACUGUGUACAGAUCAAAACUUUUGGACUUUGUUUCUGUUGUGUACUUAUUGAAUUAGCAAAAAAUGCAUAAAACUGCACUUUUUUCACCGAA